AUGAUAAGAAACUUAUUCUCAGUAUUUGACCCAUCAACAAACAUAUUUAACACAUCAAUAAAUUGAUUAAGAACUAUAUUAGGAUUAUUAAUCAUCCCCACAAUAAUAUGAAUAAUUCCAUCUCGAAACAACGCAGCAUGAAAUAAAACAAUAAAAAAAAUACACGAAGAGCUUAAAACACUCCUAGGAACAAAAAAAAUCAACAACGGAAGAACACUUAUAUUCACGUCAUUAUUCUCAAUAAUCCUAAUAAACAAUACUUUAGGCUUAUUCCCAUACAUCUUUACUAGAACCAGACACCUAACAUUAACAUUAACAAUAGCCUUACCAUUAUGAACAAGAUUUAUAAUAUUCGGAUGAAUCAACAACACUAAACACAUAUUAACCCACCUUGUACCACAAGGAACACCACCGAUCCUAAUACCAUUUAUAGUGUGCAUUGAAACAAUCAGAAACAUUAUUCGCCCAGGAACAUUAGCUAUCCGAUUAACAGCAAAUAUAAUUGCAGGUCACCUAUUAAUAACACUACUAGGAGAAAAUGGAUCAUCAAUAGCAUACUCAAUAAUCAGCAUCCUAAUUAUUACACAGAUUGCUCUACUAACAUUAGAGACAGCAGUAGCAAUCAUUCAAUCAUAUGUAUUCGCAGUACUAAGAACAUUAUAUUCUAGAGAAAUCAAUUAA